AUGACAGACGGUCCGGAACAACAGACAGCUGCAACUCCAACAUUGGUGCAAGUGAAUCGAGUAGGAUUAAAACUUCCUCCCUUCUGGGAUAAACAUCCUAUACUUUGGUUCAAAAAUAUAGAAGCGCAAUUUAUUGUUUCUGGAAUAACUCAAGAUGAAACGAAAUAUUACAAUGUAAUAGCGGCUCUCACUUCGGACAUUUUGAAUUACGUUAGUGAUAUCGUAAUAACGCCGCCUGAGAACAACAAAUACGAAACUUUGAAAUCGCGGCUUAUAUCUGAUUUUUCCGACUCCGAGCAGAAGAGAAUUAAAGCUGUACUUUCCGAAUUAAUUUUGGGGGAUGACAAACCCUCACAUUUGCUACGGAAAAUGAAACAAUUGGCAGGACAAACUCUUGGCGAUGAGUUUCUCAAAACGCUUUGGCUACAACGUCUACCUAGUCAAGUUCAAGCUAUUCUUUCCGUAUCUGAAGACAGUUUGGAUAAAUUAGCUUUAAUGGCCGAUAAAAUACAUGAGACUGCAAGCGCAAAUAUAGAUGAAGUAAAAUGCGCAAACACUGCAAUUUCUGACGUUACUGAGUUAAAACUGCAAAUUGCAGAACUUAGUAAACAAGUUGAACGCCUCUCGCGAAGUCGCGCCAAGGAGACUUCGAAUAGACAUUUUUCUCGUCGCCCACGUUCAAACUCGAGUAAGAACAAGAAAACGUAUGAUCAGUGUUGGUAUCACUGGAAGUUUGGAAAUGAUGCAAAGCGUUGCAAAUCCCCUUGUCGUUUUAAAACCUCGGAAAACUAA